UCGAAUAUCGAAAGUGAACUGUGUUGACGGUGGAUGGUGUACGUGUGUGCGUGGUAGUAAAUUAAACCCCCGAAAUUUUUUUUUAAAAUCACGAUUCCGCUACUUCUAAUGGGGGAUUACAAAUUUAGUGUAAAUGCUAGCGUAGGUUCAGUGUCUUCAGUGGAGUUUCCUGUUAGUACGACGAGCAAUUCAUUAUUUUUCACCACACCUUCAACAGUGCCGGACUCAGUGUCAUCCUUGCAACAUUCGAGUUCUAUGCAAGAUGAUCUUCUGAUUGAAAAAUCAUCGGUCAAGACGCAGUUAAAUUCUCAAAAUUCUGACCUCAAUGGUGACCACAGCCUGAAGUCCAAAGAUGAAGACGGAAGUUUGGUGGUUCAGUCUGAUAAACAAAACGAUCAGUCCCAAUUGGGACCUGUGGUUUCAUCCCCCCUACAAUUACCUCCAGGCUAUAGUGUAUCUGAGCCUAGUUUAAAUGUAAUUAAUUCAAGUAACCCAUCCACAGCCAGUUUGUGGUCCUCAGGACCAAUUGAUGAUGCAUUGAUGCAGAGUUUAAAUGUAGGCCCAGCUGUAAAUGGGACCCUAGCUUUUCAAAACUUUCCUCCAACACCCCCAAAUGCUCUUUAUAACAGUAGUUUAGGUCCUCAGAUGGCUGGUUUACCACAAACUCAGGUCCAGCAGCCACCUCAACAACGUAGAGCCAUUACUGCAUCCCACAACUUCCCACAUAACCUCUCUCGACACAUUCAACAGCAAAAUCACCCUCAAAAUAUGUUUAUGGCCAAUAAAGGUUAUACAUCUUGGUCAAGUCCACAGCAAAAUACCUGGUCACAAGGGCCACAAAAUCAAGCUAACAUGACAGGUCUUUCACCAUGGAAUAGAGGACGGUCUGUUCCGAAUUUAAAUCCCUUACAACAGAUGGCAAACCGGAAACCGAGUCCUACGUUCAACCACCAACAUUCUGGUAUGGUUAUUUCUCCAAAAUUCCGGCGUAGUACGUCAUAUCCUGGUAAAGGACUUUUUCCACAACCUCCAACAUUUGAGAUCACAAACAUGGAUGAAAAUAGAGAAAUGCUACUACCAUAUCAGGAACGGACAAUGGGCAAUGCUAACGGAACCAGUCCUCUGGAUAACAUGCGGAACUUGGAACAUUAUCUCAGUGACAUCAUGCGAGGUACAGCAGACACGCCAGACCAUCAUCUCAAAGGAUUUAUAAACUGCAACACGAACGCUCUACAAUCACUGGCACAGCUUCAUGGUAAAUCCCCUUUCUUCCCGGGUUUAGAAGAUCAAGCAGCACUCCUGGAAGAUCCAACCUCACAUCUAGUAGAUGGUCAGGUGAUGGCUGCUCCUCCGCCACCUCUCAGCUCUCCUUCACGCUCAUCCCCUCACAGCCAGGGAUCUGAGACUGGAGAGAGGUUCUCUAGGAAAGUGUUUGUUGGAGGACUCCCACCUGACAUAGAUGAAGAUGAAAUCACAGCUAGUUUUCGCAGAUUUGGUCCUUUGGUCGUAGAUUGGCCUCACAAAGCAGAGAGCAAGUCCUACUUUCCUCCAAAAGGCUAUGCCUUCCUUCUUUUUCAGGAUGAAAGCUCAGUUCAGCAGCUUAUUGACGCCUGUAUCCAAGAUGAAGACAAGCUGUACUUGUGUGUCUCUUCACCAACCAUCAAGGACAAGCCUGUACAGAUCCGACCAUGGCGACUCUCAGAUGCAGACUUUGUGCUAGACGCAUCCAUGCCUCUUGACCCACGGAAAACUGUCUUUGUCGGAGGAGUUCCUCGUCCACUUAAAGCUGUUGAGUUAGCAAUGAUCAUGGACCGCCUGUAUGGAGGAGUGUGUUAUGCGGGCAUCGACACUGAUCCUGAGCUGAAGUACCCCAAGGGUGCCGGCCGUGUGGCCUUCAGCAACCAACAGAGCUACAUCGCAGCUAUCAGUGCUCGCUUCGUCCAACUGCAACAUGGCGACAUUGACAAGAGGGUGGAAGUGAAGCCAUAUGUCCUGGAUGACCAGAUGUGUGACGAGUGUCAGGGGCAACGCUGUGGUGGCAAGUUCGCUCCGUUCUUCUGUGCAAAUGUCACUUGUCUCCAGUACUACUGUGAGCACUGCUGGGCCACCAUCCAUUCACGUCCUGGCCGAGAGUUUCACAAGCCACUAGUCAAGGAAGGCGCUGAUCGACCUCGUGCUGUGCCCUUCCGUUGGUGUUAACCCAGGCGCACAUUAGCGCAAUUCUCUAGCCAAUCCGUAUAUUAGCCUAGAUUCUCUUGAUUCGCUGUAAAACUUAGUCUAAUUCUCCAUUAACUGUUAUCAUUACAUAUUGACAUUAUGUAACUCUUCACCGUUCUUUAGAUGUCUUGUGGCCCUUUCGCCACACUUUGUAAGUUUUGGUGAAAUUCUCUUCAGGGUAUUUUUGUAAAUAGGCGUCGUUUAUGGGAUGUCUUAGCCGCAAAGCCUGACAGAAGUUUUUUUACCUCCACAAGUCCUGUUAUUGUUUUUUGAUUCUUUGUCGUAUUAGAUUAACAGGCCCUUCACAUUUUUUGUAACGCCUUUUUGUGUAAAUAGUUGUUUGUGUAAAAAGUAAGUUUUGAUUAUACUGAACCAAAAACUAUACCGUGUAGUUUUACAGACUGCUUUGUGUUUUUUAAUUGAAAAAAUACAUUACCUUGUAGGUAGUUAAUUUUAUUUUUGGGACUCAUUUAUGUAUAUAUGAACGAUUUUUUACUUUGCCACUGACCUCAUAUUCCGAUCGGCAUAACUACUUUUGAUACGUUACUUAGGCUGGGGAGGAGGGUUGCCCCCAUGGACCAGACCUGUGUUUGAUUCCGAUGCCCACCGACUCCCACUGUCCCUUAUGUCAUGUAAGGUGGGCACCGGUCGAUCUCCUGAUACCAAAGAGUUGGAGAUUUCUAGUCAACCUAACCCUAGCUUACAAGCUGAGUAAGUGUCUUCUCUCCGUAUGGGUACAAAGAGUCCUUUAUUUUAUAUCUCCUAGUAAGCUGUAAGAAUAUUAAUAUAUAAAUAGUGACCCCUCACUAUAUUCGUCCCACUUUUUUACGAUUUGUAAAUGCUUUCUUUGGAACUCACCGCUAAGAUAGGUGGGCUAGUCGAUGCCAUGGGCCGACCACAUCGAUAGUCAGAUUUCCUUUUCUAUUUUUAAUAAUAAUUCCAGGAUAGGAUUAAAGCCUUACCGCUUGUUUUUAGAUUUUUGAUCCAGAAUGAGAAUUUUCAUACCGGGUGUUGAGUGUUUCAUACCAAGUGUUAACGUGUUUUUAUGGAUAUUGGAUUCCAAUAAUUGAAUGAUAUAGUUAGAUGUAUGUUAUUUUUUACUUUCUUAAUAAAAGUAGUUGUUACGUUGUUGUUUUGUAUUUACGAGCGAUUGCGUUUGUUGUGUUUUUACGCUUGUAAUGGACUGCUCUGAGCAGUUCACCUCGUGUUGCAAAGCAGCAAACUGGUUAGGCCUAAAUAACGAAUGUAUCUUUUCUACGCGGAAUUAACAAAACGUUUUACUGACACUUUUGUCUUAUGUGAUAGUUGUAUUCAAUACAAAAUCUACUCGUGAUUCAUUUGUAGCCUUGGCUAAAUUAUUUUAAACAUUUAGCUCUGUAAUUGAUAAUUUUUUUAAUCGAAUAAGACUAUAAAAUUUGUAUAGAUAUUCCAGUGUGACGAUUCCACUCGUAAUGUAAUGUCUAGUGUAGUUUCUAUGAUGGCACUCAUACCGUAGUAUAGUGAUCACACCUCUAUACCCGUAUCGAUGUACCGACUGAUAACAACAUACAAUAGUCAACAAUACAUGUCUCGUAUUUGUGUCUCUUUGUUACCAUUUUCUGUAGACUGCAUCACACGCUUUUCUCAAUUUGGAUUUUAACAAUAGACUCUCGGUAAAUUGCCUGGAGCAAUUAAUCCGGUAUCUACUUUUAUUGAACUAUAUUUAAUGUAGAACAUUUUAGGGUAUAAAUUAGUAUAAAUAGGUUUUAUGAGACAAGUAAUUCUUUCUAAACAGAUGUGUUCUUAAUAGUUUUAUAGUUUGUCUUACAAUUGGUCUGAGGCCGGCAUAUAUCUUGUGCUGUGUCAUAGUUACCCUAGAUUCGCAUGAGUAUCUUAACUAACAACUGGAGAUAUUUGUUAAAGUUGUACAGGACCAAAAUAUAUUAACCGUCACUUGUCAUUAAUCGUAAUCAAGAGAGGAGGAUUGCAUGGCGAACUAACUAUUCACCAAGAAAUACUUUUACUAUAUAUUUGCUAUGAGUCUUUUUAUAUCCACGUGUUUUUUAAAGUCUUGGUAAAAGUAUUUCUUCUUCUCUACCACAAUGCGAUUGAAAUUCAAAAUACUAAAUUAAGCACAGUUUAUUGCACCUCCAAUGGACAUAUUACUGUUAGCGUUUACUUAAUUCUUCUUUUUUUGUUUAAUUUUUCUAGUUUAUUCGUAGUGCAUAAACUUAUUUUAACUGCAAAUUCUGUAAAAGUAUUCUGUUGUUAUAUAUUAUAUAUAUGUCGUUUUAUUUUUAACGUGUUACAAGAUUUAAUAGUUUAUUUUAAAUAAUUUUAUUUAUUUGGUGUGUUUUGUUACUGAUUUCUUAUUUUGUAACCAUUAGAUAUUAUGUAAUUGAUCUCUAGAGAUUUUAAUUUUUAUGAUUGUACACUUACACUGACAAUUUAGUGCCAGUUUUCAAUGAAAACCAAUUGCACAGACAAACUUGUUCCAUUUGACUGAAACGUUUGUACAUACAACAUUGCAAUUUGUUAUACAUAAAUACAAUAACCGUUUUCUAAUUUCAAUACUCAAGUUACCAGGAUAACAUUCACUUCAGUCUCCACGUUUCAAUCGCAUCAAGCCAAGUCGGUGUGAAAGUACAAAUAUUUGUGUGUUUGGCCGUGUCCCGCUGUUUUGCUUUGGUGUGCCGCUGUAUAUAUACCGAGUAAAUGUUACCACUAUGUUAUAAGUAUCAUGCACUAUUGUAGUCGUAAGUUACCUAGUGUCAGUGUUGCACUAUCGUAGUCAAUUGUUAUGGUUUGCUAGACGUUUUGUCUCAAGUCAAAUCUUUAUUUUUCUAUAACUCCUAGCUUGUGAAUUUUGUUUUUGUCAAAAUAAUAUUAAAGUUUUUAUAAUAUAGCACGAUGCUAUUAAAUUCGGUUACCUUAAACUUUUUAGAUCCUAAUAUAUUUAAAAUAUUUUUUUAAUAUGUAAAGUGUUUUAAAUUAAUAGUUUUUUAUAGACGAUUACAUUUGUAUGUAGAAAAGUGCAAUAGCUAAAUAGGUUGGAAAUCUAUUAGCCAUAUCCUAGUCCCUUCUACGACCCAUGUAGGCGGGGUGCACAGUGUAUUUGUAAGACAAAUAUACAAGGUGUAUCCCCAAAAAGCCUAACAAAAAUAUUAUAGCAAACAAUUUUAUAUUUGUUUAAAAUGCUAUGUAUAUGUAUUGUUAAAUAUUGUGAGGCUGGGAACCAAAGCAAAACAGCCCUGAUGUGCAAGCUAGGAAAGGAUUAGUACUGGCUUUAAUUAAUUUUAAUUAAUACUGUUAGUUAUAGUAUUCUAGAUAGGGGUUCAUAAUUUGUGUGCAUUUUCAAUCACUCCUAUUUUUUAUGAAUUUUGUACAUUUUCUAAUUUUUGUACGAUAAAAACGUCGUCAGUCGGCUCCACUGUUGCCUCUCGACUGUCGGCAAUGCUUUGUAACCAAAAUUCUCCCUAGUUUUUGUUGAAUAUCAAACUUUUUAUGUUUAUAAAAUAAUUAUUAAAAUGUAAACUGUGUUUAUUUGAUAAAUAUUGCUGUUAAUUCUUCAUA